AUGGAUUCAUCAAAGAAACAGGAUGCUGGCCAACCAAGGGGCGUUAUUGAAACCGGACCAUUUGGCGAUGGAGGAGGCGAUGGAGUUUAUAACCUGUACCCCGGCAGUAGCACAUAUGUGACGAAGAUUGAGGCGUGGGUAGGUAGGGCCGAUAAUGCCGAUGUGAUAACAGGACUUAAACUCUACUGGGCUGAUGGCACACCGAGCUCUAUCGGUGGGCACCCUGGGGAUAAUAUACACUCCUACGAAUUUAAGGAUGACGAAGUGAUUGACAAAAUGACUGUCUAUACUGGGUGGAAUCUGGACAGGAUCAGCUUCCAAACAAACCGUGGUGGAAAGUUCGACCAUGGUGGGAGCCAUGGCUAUGACCACGAAAUUUCACUCGGAAAUGGCAAGAUGGUGGGAUUGAAGGGCAAAUUUGAUAAGUGUAUUACUCAAAUUACGACUGCAUUUCAGAUGCGUCUGGAAACUAAGAUGGAGGACUGA